AUGUUUGAGCCUCCUGUUGCUGCUGCUGCAGCUGCCCCCCGUGAUCCUGCCCCUAUGCAUGGAAUCCGUCCCCCUCAAUCCCCUCAACCUCCAAACCUGGAUGGGGGGCACUCUGCUGAAAAUUGGAAAAUUUUCAAGCAAAAGUGGACGAAUUACUCGAUCAUUACGAACCUUGACAAGCAGACCCGAGCAUAUCAAGUUGCCUUACUACUGCAUACGCUUGGGGACGACGGUCUGAGGAUCUACAAUGGUUUCCAGUUUGAAACUGAGGAAGACGAGCGUACUGUUGACGAAGUUUUGGCUAAGUUUGAUAACUUCGCCUUUGGAGAAAUCAACGAAACGUUUGAACGAUUUGUCUUCAAUCAACGGAAUCAAAAGACUGAUAAAACUUUCGAGACAUUUCUUGCUGCUAUUCGGUUGCUAGUGAAGACUUGCAAUUAUCACAAGGAGACUGUGAACUCUAUCUUGAGGGAUCGAAUAGUCCUUGGCAUAAGUGAUCGUGAAACUCAGAAGCGACUGCUGCGGGAGCGUGGCCUGACCCUGGAUGGCUGCAUCGCAAUAUGCAAAACGUCAGAGAAUGCGGAGGCCCAUGAAAAGGCCAUGAAUGCUGACUCAUCGGUAAACUUUGUGAAGCGCUCUAGCAAAAACCGCACUAAGUCUAAGAUGGCGCCACCGACUCAGAAAACUGGUGCUACACCAUCUCAAACUGCUAGAGAUUGCAAGUUUUGUGGUCGUACUCACAUUAUGCGCAAAUCUGAAUGUCCUGCGUGGGGCAAAUCGUGUCGAAGUUGCCAAGGUCUGAACCAUUUUGCCGCAAAGUGUACAAAGCAGGGCAAAACCAAGAAAGUAAACCAACUCCUAGAUGAGGACUCUGAGCUAGGUGAUGAUGACUGUGAGUGGAUUGAUUCUAUUCGACCUGGUAAUGGUCACUCACCGAAAGAUGUACGAUGCCGGAUGAUGUUGACCGAUUCCCGACAGGAAGUCACAUUCCAGGUGGACACUGGAGCGUCCGUCAACUUGAUUCCUCUACGAUUGGCUGUUCAUACUGAGCUUUCUCCCACAACGAAACGCCUAAAAAUGUGGAACGGCAGUGAAAUUCACCCGGUAGGAUCGUGUAGGCUUGUGGUUGGUAAUCCAAAAAACCGUAAGCGCUACUCAGUUGAGUUUGUUGUUGUAAAGGAGAACCUGAUGCCUCUUCUUGGUCUCAAGGCUGCGCAAGGGAUGAAACUCGUCACGGUCAAUGACUCCAUUAUGGAACGCAUCGCAGCUGUGAGCGUUUUAGACAAGUUUGCUGAUGUGUUUGACGGCAAGCUUGGGAAACUCCCAGGCACCGUGCACCUGGAAGUUGAUGGAGGUGUUAUGCCUGUUGUAACACCAUCGCGCCGCAUACCAGUGGCACCUCUUGCUAAGCUUAGGCCAGAGCUCGAGCGUUUAUCUGACAUUGAUGUGCUUGCCAGAGUUGAGCAACCAACUCCCUGGGUCAGCCAACUUGUCCUAGCUGAAAAGAAAUCUGGAGAACUCCGCAUCUGCCUCGAUCCGAGGCCACUCAACCGUGCACUGAAACGUGAACACUUCCAGCUACCGAUACUGGAAGACAAACUCCACAACUUGGCGGAGUCGAGAGUCUUCUCCAAGCUCGAUUUAUCGUCAGGAUAUUGGCACGUCGAACUAGAUGAGGAGUCGAGCCUCCUCACCACCUUUCAGACUCUUUUUGGUCGUUACCGGUGGAAGCGUCUACCCUUUGGCUUGAUUGUCGCGUCUGAGAUUUUCCAAAGGAAAUUGCUCGAAGCCAUCGACGGGCUCACUGGAGUCGAAUGCAUCGCCGAUGACGUCGUCAUUCAUGGAAGGAACACUGAGGAACAUGAUCGCAACCUGGAAGCUUUCCUACAACGCUGUCGGGAGAAAGGGAUCAAAUUAAACAUUGCAAAGCUUGAACUGCGAUUAUCUGAGAUAACUUUCAUGGGACACAUGGUUACUGAACGUGGUUUACAGGCUGAUCCAGAGAAAGUGCGAGCUGUUGAGAGCAUGUCCGCUCCUACUAACUUGGAGGGACUGCGACGUUUCCUGGGAGUGGCAAACUAUCUCGCAAAAUUUCUCCCUAAUCUGACUGAGGUGACGACACCUAUGCGCAAUCUCACAAAAAAAGAUGUGCCGUUCGUCUGGUAG